UAGAAGCACGUUCGCGUUGUGUUUUUGCGCGUGCCGUGUCGGCGGGAAGUCACGUGGUGGUUGACGCUACUACCCCCACGAUUCCGGCGUAAUACCCCGUGCUCGCUGAAUUCUCAGUCAGUCGCCGUUCCGACGGUGUGUUGAGUGUGUGACAAGCUUACCGUGACUACGGCGUGACGUAUUACUACCUCAACAGAGGAACGUGAAGAUUCUUGCUUUGCUUGGUGUGGGAUUUUGGAUUCGCUGUACGACAUCGCCGUUCCUACAUGCCACGCCCCGCCAGAGGUGUUAUUUUAUUUUCUCCCUGCAUUGAGCAUUUGGGUGCUUGACCGAGAGGAUUCCUGACAUGGCACGCGACGGCAGCUUCUGCGGGCUUCCGGCUUUGGUGGUGACGGUGAUGGUCCUCUGCUGUCUCUUCAGUCCAGGAGGCCAAGCAAGCACAGGAGGGACAGGAGGCGCCGGAAGCGCAGGAGCCCCAGGAAACCCAGGAGGUCAAGGAGGCCACGGAGGCAGCGGAGCUGCCGGAGGCCCAGGAAGCAUAGGAGGCACAGGAGGCGCAGGAGCUGCUGGGGGUCCAGGACUCGGCGGGAGCGCAGGAGGUGCCGGGGGCUAUGGAGGCGUCGGGGGGGCAGGAGGCUCCGGGGCCAACGGAGGCACAGGAGGCGCAGGAGCCGCCGGAGCGCCAGGAAGCGGCGGAGCGCCAGGAGGCGACGGAGGUGAUGGAGGUGAUGGAGGCGAUGGAGGGCUCCGGAGGCACGGGAGGCAUCGGAGGCGCAGGAGGCGCUGGAGGUGCCGGAAACCCCCCCGGACGCCCAGGACAAGCCGGACACCCAGGAGGCCCCGGGAGGCGAUGAAACCUUUAGCUGCGACACCAAAUGCGUUUGCUCAAGGCAGCGUUCUGACAGUGGUCUGCAGUUAUCGAGUGUGAUCUAUUCAUGUUCGCUUCUGCGCGCUGACACCAUGCUUGUUCAUUCUGUUAGUAAGCGAAUGUGUCCAAGUUUACGCAGCCGAUAAAACUACUAUCCUUACUCCGCAUAGCUCUCUGCUAAUUUGCUAUCGUAAUUGCUGCUUC